AUGCCGCUUAUACUGACAACAACAAACCAUGAAAAUAUAAACAAUGCAAGUAGUAAUAGUCGUUUCACAUCGAGAUUUGAAUACUUUUCAGACUUUGAUGACAGUGAUUUCUCCAUUUUGGACUCUCGGUCGUUGAGGAGACGACAGAGAUUCAACCGACGAAUACUAUUACAGCCAUUACUGCAGCGACAUGCCAGUCAGUAUGAAGAAGAGCAAAACAGCCAAGAGGAGGAGGAGGAGGUGGAGGAGGAGGAGGAGGAGGAGGAGGAGGAGGAGGAGGAAGAAGAAGAAGAAGAAGAAGAAGAGGAAGAAGAAGAAGAAGAAGAGGAAGAUGAUGAUGAUGAUAGCUUCAUAAUUACUACUACCACCACCAACAGCAAUGAUACUAGUAAUAGCCAAGACCAAGAGGAUCAAGAUGACGAUACAGUUACAGGGUCAUUCUCAAGAUCACGGGUUGAUAUGUAUCGGCUUGCUAUCAGAACAAACAGUGAAAUUUUGGAAGAUUUGGCAGCCAUCAUUAGGAUACUUCGACAGAUUAAUGCAUUAUACCGUGUAUUCAACAGCAGUAGCAACAAUUUGGGCGGAUUCUUAAGAUUGAGGAGAGCAGGAAGAAGCCGAUUGUACAGCAGUGAUACAAGCGACGAAGAACAAGAGCAAGAGGAACAAGAACAAGAGCAAGAGGAGGAAGAGGCAAACAAAUUGCUAGAGGCAGGACUGGAGGAUUUGCAGGCCGUCUUGUCCACAGACAGUUCCAACAACAAGAAGCAAUCCACACUGGCAUUACUGGCAUUGAUCACAUUUCAAUACAGCCAUUGCUCAGACGACUACUUGAAACGCUAUUUGGAUCCCAAUGGCGAAUUCAACCCCACACUGGCCAUGUUCGCAGCAGCCACCUACGACGACGAUGACGACGAUCAAGACCUCAAGUCAUGUCGAGACAUUAUGCUGGCGGCAGAAGAGAUAUACGGUCCAGAUUGGCUCAAAGAGUUCCAUAAGGGCAAAGAAGGUGCAUUGCGCAAAAUGCUAGAGAAACUUACAUUUGUUGCCAAAAUUAGAUUGAAGGUGCGAGACUUGAAUAUUCCUCCAGUCAUACGUUGA